AGGUCACCGCUCCACAGAACCAGAGCUAAACGAUCCAGUGAAAAGCUCCUGUCUAAUCAUGAACGGCAAACUUGUGGCUGUCCUGGCUCUUCUCCUGAUUUCAGCGGCUAUGUCUCAAGGUAAGGCCCUGGCAAGGAUGGGAACCGAGCUCCGGUGCCAGUGCAUAGCCACUCAUUCAAAGUUCAUCCCUCCUAAAUCGAUUCAAGAUGUGAAGCUGACACAGAGUGGCCCCCACUGCAAGAACGUUGAAGUCAUAGCUACUCUGAAGGACGGCAGAGAGGUGUGCUUGGAGCCCACUGCUCCCUGGGUACAGCUGAUCAUAAAGGCAAUUUUGGCCAAGGCUCAACUCAAUUCUGACUCGCCACUCUAAGAAGCACCAGGACAGAAAAAAUCUGGAAACUGCUCCCGCUCCUCCGUUGAGAGAAACAUUCAGGAAAAGCAUCAUUCAGGCAGCGUACCACCUUCCACCUCCUGCAUCAGUGUUGUUAUGUUAAUUAUGGAUUAUAUUAUUUUAUUUAUUUAUUUAUUUAACUGCAUCUAUUUA